GGGGGAGGGCAGCAGCAGCAGGUGUGCGGAAGCCGUGGCCUCCCCGCACCAUCGAGCAGCCGCCCGUGGCAGGGCUCGCUGUGCGUUUCCUUGCGGCUCGCGUGUUCGCAGCCCGGCUCUGGGAGCCCGGCUGGCGACGGGAGCCGCGUUUGGGGCUGCGGGGGGCGCUCUCCGUGCGCGGUGCGGGUGCGCGGUGCCCGCUGCCCGCGGCCGGAGCGGCGAUGGGCUCCCGCCUGCGGGCCGCCGCGCUCUGCGGGGCGGCGCUGGCCCUGGCGGGCGGCACGCUCGUAGCGCUCCGGGCCUGGGCCCGCCUGCGGAGCCGCCUCGCGCUGCCCGCCAGCUCUGCGGCCUCCGCUGCCGCCGCCGAUCAGGGUAAAGGACGCGGUAAGCAGAUCCUGGUGCUGGGCCUGGAUGGGGCUGGGAAGACUAGCGUUCUCCACUCCCUGGCAACUAACCGCGUCAAGCGCAGCGUGGCUCCCACCGAGGGCUUCAAUGCCGUCUGCAUCAACACCGAAGAGUCCCAGAUGGAGUUUCUGGAGAUCGGGGGCAGUGAAUCUCUGCGUUCAUACUGGAAGAUGUACUUGCCCAAAGUGCUGUUGCUGGUCUAUGUCGUGGACUCGGCUGAUCAUGCCCGACUGCCUGUGGCGAAACAGCUGCUUCAUCAGCUAAUCCAGAACAACUCCACCCUGCCUGUGGUAGUUCUGGCCAACAAGCAGGACCUCCAGGGUGCAUAUUGCAUCACUGAUAUUCACGAUGCUCUGGCUCUGUCUGAUAUUGGGGACGAGAGGAAGAUGUUCUUGAUUGGUACCCAUGUGGCAGAAGAUGGCUCUGAGAUCUCUUCCAGCAUGAAGGAUGCCAAGGAGCUGAUAGGGCAGCUGGUUUUGGAAACACAGUGACAGCUCUUUUCUUACAACAUGGUGUUUGCAGCUGAGGGGGAGCAGGUAUUAUUGUCAGUCUGCAGUGUGGCAGCUGAAAUGUACAGAUAUGCUUUCCCAGUGGGUGUGGAAUUCCUCUGAAAGUGAUAUCUAGUUGGUAAGAAAAUCUUAAUUUACAGUGGUUUGAAAAUACAUUUGAGAAAUAGUCUAUUUUUAGUGUAUUUGUAGGAGAAAAAUAGUCUGUCUCUCAGGCAGCAGAUUUAAGGGAAAAUUUAGCUUAGAUAGGCUAGAUAGCUUCAUGUCAGGUAGGAAUCAAGCACUGACAUCCAUGGAAGAAAGUUGCAUCCAGUGAAUUUAACAUGGCUUUAUGUCUCAGGUUAAAGCGAAAUAUGUUUACUUCACAGAUUUUACAGAACCCUUUUAACAGUGGUGUUCUGUUAAAAAUGAGACCUCACUUCCUGACAGUGUCAGAAAUUUAAAGUGCUGCAACUAGUAUUUUUGACAGUUACAAUUCUUGUUGCUGUGUUGGAUCCAGUUGUUACCGGAGUGGCAAAUCGGUAAUCUCUGGAAAUUGGGUUGAUUACUGCUUCUUUAGUGGGUAAGAACAAGAAAAUGAAAGCAGUAAUUUAUUGUUUCUUUGCCUACAGGCAAAAACCCAAAAUGGUGUAAUUUGAGGUAGUGGCUGGAUGCUUUUAAGUUAAAUUGGCAGCAAAGGUGGGAGACUAGCCCAUCGGGUUGAGCAGCUUAUUUAAGCUUAGUCCGAGAUGUCCUCGAGCAAGCAGUCUUACUUGUGAAAACCCUGUUGUUUCUUGACAGUGGUUUCUGUUAGCACAGCAUGUGAGGAAGGUGACAAGCUGCUGAGGAGUGUCACUCUCCCAGUGUCCUCCUACUUAUACUCCAAGGACACGACCCAGGAGCAGUCCUGUAAAGGACCUGUUUUGCACCCACAUCUAUUGUACAAGGCUUGUAUAGUUUUGUCCUUUGUAACAGACACAUAAAGCAGAAAAUUCCACCCUAAA